CCCAUCUUAGUAUCUCUCUACCUACCCCUCAUGCUGUUGUGGACAUUGCUAAUGGUCCUUGGUUUGCUUAGCAGACAUGUUGCUAUUGCAAAGAAAUCUGUGGUGGAACCCAGGCCUUCAUGGACACCUCUUUUGGAAGGGGAGCUAGUGACUUUAACUUGCCAUGGAGUCGGACCUCUUAAACAAGAAAGGACACGGUGGUACAAAAAUCAACAAGAAAUUCUAUCUAAAAACAUCAUUCAGACUAAUCAGCCUGGAGAGUACAGAUGCCAGACCCAGGACUCAACUCUCAGUGACCCUGUAAACCUGGUAUUUUCUUCUGAAACGCUGAUCUUGCAGACCCCAUAUUCUGUGUUUGAAGGAGACACGCUGGUCAUGAGAUGCCGGGGAAAGAACAUGGGGACAGUCAAUUACAUGGCAUACUAUAAAGAUGAAAGAAAAUUGCGUGAUCUUAUUAGAGAUUUUGAUGAGUUCCUCUUCAUCUCACAAGUUGGCUUAAAUGACAGUAGCAAAUAUCAUUGCACAAGAAUUGUUUCUAGAUGGUCUACUUGGACAGAAAUUUCAAAACCUGUAACUAUCCAAGUCCAAGAACUGUUUUCACCCCCUGAGCUGAAAACCACAACCUCUGAACCCAUAGAAGGGACCCCAAUGACACUGAGUUGUGAGACUCAGCUCUCUCCACAGAGGUUAGACACCAAACUGAACUUCUCCUUCAUCAGAGAUGGCACGGUCAUCGCAUCAGGUGGGAAGAAUUCCCAUGUGCUCCAGAUCCCAGCCAUCCAGACAAAAGACUCAGGGUCAUACCGGUGUGAGGCAAAAGCAGUGACUCAGAAUAUUUUGAAACAGAGCAACUACGUGAAGAUCAGUGUGAAAAGUGGAAAUCUCUCCUCAUUCAAUUCAAGUGAAAAGAUUAGUCACUUAUCUCUUGGACUCAUUGUGACCCAGUUCAUUGUGGUUGUACUUGCUGCUUCUGCGCUUCUAUUUUUCUUUGGACCGUGGAGUAAGUCAGGCAUACCUCAGAGAGAGACAUUGCCGGUUCAGCUCCAGACUACUUAAAUAAAAUAAAUAUUGCAAUAAAAGUAUUGAGUCCUCAUUCAGUUAUACCAGAUUAACUUUUCAAGACAUAAAAACUGUCCACCCAGAGCACUCAUCUACUUCAGUGAUAUGUGGUACAAGAGAAAGCAUACUGAAUCUGGUCAGAGAAGCAUUGUUCAAGUACAUCGGUUUGUGUCUAAUAUUUAUGUGACCUUCAUCGACUGAUUUAACACCUCUGGGCCUCAAUUUUCUUAUUUGUAAAAUAAGUAGAUUAAAUUAGAUAAUUUCCAAGAUUCCUUUCAGCUCUAUCAUACUAUAUACUACCUUAAUAUGAAUCAUAAAAUCCAA